AUCUAACUAACAAGGUUAAAUUUCGUUUCUUCAUUGCCCAGGCUGGCUUUGGCAUUUUCCAUCGUUACUGCUACACUCUUUUCCACUCAUUCUUUUCCAUGUCGAGGGGCGAUGAACGAAGACAAAACAAGGCAGCCGUCGACAAUGUCGACCAAGGCUACGCCAGUUAUUAUGAGACCGACUCCAUUCCUCCUUCCAAUGGGCGACGGUCUCGCACAAAGUUACUGAAGAAGAAGAAAUCAUUUAGCGCGGGGUACGAAACAGAUGAUGGCUAUGCGUCUGCUGCACCAACGACCCCCAAAAAAUCCAAGUCUAGGAUUUUUCGAUUGGGGACGAGGUCUAAGACAAACCUCCACGAGCCAUCUCCACCACCUCUUCCUGAGCCGCUACCUGUUUUCCGUCUGCCUAUUGCCGCUCGCUUUGCCACGACGUUGGGGGAUCUUAAUGCUGGUGCAAAUACAGAUCCACCAUUACCACCACCCGUACGACCAUUUGUCUCCACCGACACCUCUACAAUUUCGUCGACGCCAUCACCUUCCAUCGCCACAUUCAACGGAUUCAGAGAGUUCGACAGGGAUUCUAUUGAUAAUCCAGAGUCUACUGUUGACCAUGGGGUAGCUCAGAGCGUGUCGCAUAGCACAACUUCUCACAAGUCUACCAGACGGGUCGGCGUCAAUUUCGCGAGCAGCGAUAGCAGUGAUCACCACGGAAGUUCAAGCACCAAUCAUUCCUUUUUUUCCAAGCUCACCGCAUCCUCCUUUGCAUCUUCUACAUCUCAGAAUAAAUAUCCACCGAUUUCAUACCCUCUUACCCGUUCUCCAUCCCCGCCCUCACCUACUCUCAUUCAAAGACAUCAGUCUGGUAACAAGCGUAUUCCUGAGCCUCUUUAUCUUGACAAUGUUGGCCGAGGCCCAUCCAAGACGUGGGAUACUUCUCCAGUAUCUGCGGGGGGCUGGUCACCAUAUGUUAACAUCCCGUCGAUAGCCCCCUCCGUCGAGUCUUUACACGCACCUUCCCCGAGCAAACCUCGCCCCUAUUUCCUGUCACGACGCGUAAAUUCUCCUACACCAGGUGCUGGCCCAUCGCUCACACCCAAAUACUCAGUUUCAGAUUCAGGCCAUCUGGCUGUCAACGAAGAGCCUAGGCCACCAAGCAAUCGCUCUGGGGCUUCCGGAGAGGUCAUACCGUCUAUGGAUUACAUCGUUCCAUCUCCUCGGUCGCAAUCACCAUUGCCAUUGCAGCCCCCUCCGACGCACCUGCUAUCUCAUCACGAACUUCCUCCUCCCAGUCCUCCUCCGACAGUUCCCUUACCGAGAGUCCCUAGUGACCAGGAUCAGGGCUACUUCGCCACGCAGCAGCGUCAGAACGGACAGUUCGCCGUUGCGCCUCCGUCCGUCCCGAAGAGAGGUAAGGAGGCACCGUUUCCUGCACGCCCGAUCAACACCUUGGCCAGCCAACCAGGUCUUGAGGCACGCGUCAAGGUCAAGCGGUACAGAGAUCUGUAUGCGCUUCCUAAUAGAUGGGAUGAGGAACAGCCUUCCAGUGAUGAUACAGAAGUGAUGCGUGAUGUAAUUGCUCGUUUUCAGCGGACGUCGGGCCAUUCAAGUUCUGGGGAAGACAUACGCGUCGCUCUCGACCGUAACCAGUCCCCGGAAGCCAUGCACAGGAAUAAUCAAACAGAGGACUAUGAUUCCGAUGGCUACUCGCGGUAUCCGGAGGAGAACAAGAGUGUGGGACGCUCAACGAUGUACCGAUUAGAACGUGGAGCGGUGUCGACGGGAAGAUUGAGUACGUGGAGUGGAGACAGCCGAGCCAGUAUUAUGGACCUCGAGAAAAGUGAGGUGGCAAGGCAGAGGUUCGUUAAGAGAAUUGAGGCGAUGUUUGAUCAGAAUGGGAGGGAGCUACCUGGGUCUGAGAUCCCCCCUGUACCGAGGCUGCCGGAAGGGCUGUCGCGUAGACGCAUGCCGUUGCGGUUUUGAACUGUCAUCAAUUUUCUGUAGGGAUAUUGUGGUUUUUUGAGGUUUCGUCAUACUUUACAUGUAUUUUAGGUUCCCCCCCCCCUCUGCUCUUCAUCACAUCGAUAUCCAUGCAUCUUAUGGCAGACAAGCUGGUACCUGCUUUGCCCGUUCCCCCCCACAUACAUUCGUUUCGCAGCGCAUCCAUCUCGUUUUUGAUAGGUAACAUCUCAACUGUCAUUGUAUACCAAUACCACCAGCACUCUUUUGUUCUUUGCGUGUAUGUUCAUGUGUUAGGAGAGUUAUAGUCUACAUAUCAGUCAAACCAUGACCAUCCACACUCUUAUCGUGAU